AUGUUUCCCUCCUCAUCUCAUCCACCAACCCUCCACACCACCGCCCCAACGCCUUCCACAACCCUCUUCACCGUCUCGACCCGGUCCCCAUCGCACACCCUCCUCGCGCGCAGCCUGCACUACCUCGCCCUCCUGUUGCGUGUAAUAGUCGGAAUCGCCAUCAUCGUUCUUUUCUGGGCGAAGUGGAGGCAGCGCGGUGGGGACGAGGCGCAGGGCUUAGGAGAGACGGCAUGGUAUGAAGACAUGGUGCUGAGCAGUCCGGUGGGGCAGAUGGCGGGAUGGGCGGCGCGAGGGCUGAGCUGGACGUGGGUUGUGGGUGGAACUAUGAUAGGUGGGUGGGCAGUUACGAGGAGGGGGUAUACUGAAGAGUCCCUCCUCGUGCUCCGCGGGCUCGGUAUACAGACCUCAAGCUCCUCGCCCACGUACCUCUCAACGCCGACAACGCGGUUUAUCCCCACGACCGCGAUACAAGACAUCUUCAUUCACGAGGCGUUCAAGGGGUUUGAGGUCAGGUUUUAUCUCGCUAUUGUGGUGCAGGGGGAGGAAGAUGUUGUGGUUGUGUUUCCUACGCUUCUGCCCAACCGGCAUAUACUGGAGACGGUGUGGAGAGGCGCGCGGGCUUGUCUUUACGAGCCAGCUGCAGCGAAAGCAUGA